UCAUUGUAUGGUCUUUUGGAUAAUUACUCCAUGUAAAUCUGAAUCGAGUUAUGAACAUACUUGGAGAAUUCGGGUUCUGAUUUUGCGUCAGUGAGCGCUCGCAUUCUUUUACCAGUUUUGCCACUGCCGCCUUCUUGCGAACGCCUGUUCUCUCACAAUUCGAAAUACCUGCCAAACACGAGGCCGACGAUCAUCCUACUUCCUUGCUUCCUGACAUUUACGGAUUCUUCUAGUUCACCGAAAUGGAUGGUCACGAGAACCAGAAGACUUCGCGAGAGGAAAGCGAUUACAGCUCUCGUGGUCAAUCUCACCUUGCCCACAGGCACAGGACUGACACUUUCUACCCAUCCAGGGUAGGCGUCAAGCCAAAACGCCGCAACCCUGUCCCAUUGAAACGUCGACGGGAUGCUAUCAAGAGUGGAAGUCUGCCUCGGAAUGAUUUCGAGCGUGACUGGUAUAGAAAACACCUCGAUGCUGCGCGCACCGUGCCUGAGCGCUACCGUCCUGACCAACAACCCGGUCCAGUUCGCGACUGGAGAUAUGCUUUAGAUAGAAACGCAGAACUAAGCAACAGCUCGGCAUUCAGGCGACGGCAUGCACACUCCGACCGCUCUCGCUCACCAGUGAGCGUCGAGAAUAGAGAGAACGUUCGUAAUGGGCAGUCUCAAUCAACUACAAAUUCUCCAAGAACCACUCGUCUUUCAGGCCAACGAGAGAACACGUCUUCCUCUCUUCGUCAGAAUCCCGUAGAUGGUCGAACAAUGAAGCGCCCCGAAAGCAGUGAACACAGCAGUCCGAGGCUGAGCUCUCGCCGGUCGCUGUCCAGCGAUAAUCCAUCACUUCAUGAUGAACCCAAUCACCAAAACCGAUUCGAACGUACCGAAAGAGGAUCUGAGGCAGGUGCAAACAGACACUGGAGUCGGUCUUCUGCAUCCACUCGCAUACGACAUAGAAGAUACACUGACAGGUAUCGACCGCGAAGUCAAGACCAUGGGCGAUAGUUGGACACUCGGUUAUGGAACAUGUUAAGUGGAAGGCAGCACGCGUGAUUCAAAAUAUCGGUCAUCCCCAUCGUUUCGGUUUGUCUCUUCGCAUAGUGAAGAGCCGUUACAAUGGGUGCUCAUACUUGGAAAAUGAAUGAUCGAAGCAUGACUCGACCUAGGAGUAAGAUAGCGAC